GGGAGACUAGAUAUAGUGGAUGCAGGGUCCGGGGAGACCAGAUAUAGUGAAUGCAGGGUCCGGGGAGAGUGGAUAUAGUGAAUGCAGGGUUCGGGGAGACCAGAUAUAGUGGAUGCAGGGUCCGGGGAGACCAGAUAUAGUGAAUUCAGGGUCCUGGGAGACCAGAUAUAGUGAAUUCAGGGUCCUGGGAGAUCAGAUAUAGUGAAUGCAGGGUCUGGGGAGACCAGAUAUAGUGAAUGCAGGGUCCGGGGAGACCAGAUAUAGUGAAUGCAGGGGUCUGGGGAGACCGGAUAUAGUGAAUGCAGGGUCUGGGGAGACCAGAUAUAGUGGAUGCAGGGUCCGGGGAGACCAGAUAUAGUGGAUGCA